CUUGUGUUUGCAGCUUCUGGAGUGCUGUUUGUGUAAACACCGAGCCCGGUGGCGCACAGUGGAUUCCGAGCCGGUGUUUGGACAGCGCGUAAAGAGGAAAGGAUCCGCUGCGUUUUUCCUCCUCCUUGGACAGACUUACCGUGAGGGCGUGCUUUAUUUUGUUUGUUUUUUUACGCAAAACAAACCCGGAUUUCACGCACAGGACGCGAUGGCUGCCCCGACCAAGUUCAGCUUUUCCGUCAGGAGCAUCCUGGAUUUGCCUGAGCAGGAUGGGGACGCAGCGCCGCGCUGCUCCCCGGCUUACUCCUCCUGCUCCUCCAGCUCACCGUACACCUCCUGGAUGGAGUGCGACCGGAGUCCUUGUAUAUCGUCGGAUGAAGGGAGCCUGGAGGCCUCCCCGGACUCCACCAAGCCGGAUGACUCGUCUCUGGACUCGGAGCCCGACAAGAGCAAGAAGAGCAAGAAGCGCCGGGUCCUGUUCUCCAAGGCCCAGACCCUGGAGCUGGAGAGGCGCUUCCGUCAACAGCGCUACCUGUCCGGCCCGGAGAGGGAGCAGCUGGCCCGGCUCCUCAGCCUGACCCCGACCCAGGUGAAGAUCUGGUUCCAGAAUCACCGCUACAAGAUGAAGAGAGGCCGGGCAGAAGGAGGGCUGCAGGACGUGGAGAUACCGCAGCCUCCCGUGCUGCGCCGGGUCGUCGUUCCGAUCCUGGUCCGGGAUGGGAAACCUUUUCACACCUGCUUACUUGACACGGAGAAAGUUGGCUGUUUGCCUCCUUCUCCAGCGGUGCCUUUCCCCAUAGCCUACCCGUCUCUUCAGCAUCCGUCCCCGGUCGCUCUUCCUCCACGGUACCAGCAGCACUUUCCCACCGCGGCGGCCUCCAGGUUCGCCUGGAGAGACUUUUGGAGCGACUCGGUCCCCUUUAACUCUUUCAAGUGAAGGCCUAAUUUCAACGCACAAACUCAUUUAGAACAGCAUCAAAUGUUUUCUGAAUGUUCUGCAAAUUUUCGAGCAACUUAAACAUUUAGAUUUUUACUAUAGAACGAAGGAUAUUUUGCACAUUUUCUUUUUGUUUUUGCGUGUUUGUGACUAUUUCUAAAAUGCUGAUAAUAUGUCCUCAUGCAUGGCUCCUGAUGCAGCCUGUAGAUUGUUUAUUAUCCGUUGAGAUAAUGUAUUUGUUUGUGAAGCUGUUCAAUGUUUGUAUAAAUAACUUUUGUUGAAGACAAAUAAGG